AUGGGGCCGAGUGGCGCAGCCGCGGUGGCCGUGGGGCUGUGGGUCUUGGUGACGGUGGGCGUGGCGGCGGACCCCGAAGUGGUGGAGCCUCCGCGCCGCCUCCUCUCACACUACCGCUCCCUGGACCCCCGGGCGCUGCUGGCCAUCAAGGCACUGAGGGACCACUAUGAGGAAGAGACGCUGAGCUGGAGGCCGCGCAACUGCUCGUUCCGCCGGAGGAGGGACCCUCCGCGGCCUUCCUCCCGUGCGCUGCUCCGCCAGGUGGCCCGCGGCCUCGCCGACGCCCAAGACGUGCUGAGCAGCCUGCCGAGCCCCGAGCUGUUCCCCGGCGUCGGCCCGACCCUGGAGCUGCUGGCGGCCGCGGGGCGGGACGUGGCGGCCUGCCUCGAGCUGGUCCGGCCAGGCUCCCGGAGGAAGUCCCUGCGGCGGCCCGGGAGGCGUCCCCAGACUCGCACAGCUGGCUCGCCUCGGUGCCACGAAGCCACCGUCAUCUUCAACCUCCUGCGCCUGCUCGCGUGGGACCUGCGGCUGGUGGCGCACUCGGGUCCUUGUCUGUGAUCCCGCCGCGGCUCCGCCUGAGACCCGAAGCCCCGGGGGCGCCUGGUUGCGGACGCCGCCCUCCUCCGUGGCCCCAUCGGACCAGGCGGGUCUCUCAGCCUGGACCCGCCGGCGCUGGUGCCAGAGGCGCCCUUUUCCUAAAGACCAGAACGAGUUCCCCCGGAAGCAGCGGUAUUUCUGCGGGAUGCGUUGCCCUAGGAUCUUCCCGGGCCCGGGCUGGCAGGAAAAGACUGGAGUCCGUGUCCGCCUUGGU